GCACGCAUGAGCGGCACCGUGGCGGCGGCCGGCUCUUCCCUUCGGGGCAGGUCGUUCGCCGUUAGGGACUCGGCCCGCCGAAGCCCGGGCCGGUGGCGGUCGCGCGUAGCGCUGGAUGGGAGAAACGCGCGCACCCCGAGGGCCCGAGGUGUGGGGCCGCCCCCGAGGCACCCCAGAGCCCCCCGAAGCUCCCAGGGUGGAUGUGUUGAAAUCCACGCACCUGCCCCGAGGCCACGUUUCGGCCCUUCAGAAUCAGGCCUUCAACACUUACUACCGAAGACCUCUCCCGGGGCACGGGCUGUAGAGUCAUGUCAGACUGUAAUUACAUGACGUCGCGCGGGCCAGUGGCCCAGGACGGGGAACCCCUGCGGGGCUGCAAGCGGCUUCCCGGGAGGAGGGUGCGGGGCGGCGCGCUCGUGCGCCCAGCUGCGGGAGGGCACCUGGUGGACGCGCUGUGUCACUCACGCACCUGUCGCCGUGAGAGGAGCCCUGGGGACUGGGCUGGGGGCGCUGCGCACGGCCGGCGGCUCACUCUGGCGUCGUUUGUAGGAGAGGUUGGAAGAGCAAUGCAUGUGAGUCUGACAUCAUGAUAUCCAUCAGGCAAAGGAAAGGGGUCAAAACCACAGAAGUUUCUGAGGAUCAUGCGGCACAAGAAGAAAACGUGAAGUUGGAAGAUAAAUUGCUGUCUGGUUGUAGCAGUACAAGAUUAUGGAAGACUCUGUCAUUUACAGUUGGGGGAACCAUUGCCCUUUGCGUUGGACUCUUUACCUCUGUCUACCUGGCCACUUUACACGAAAACGACCUAUGGUUUUCUAACAUUAAGGAAGUGGAGCGAGAAAUCUCCUUCCGAACAGAGUGUGGACUGUAUUACUCGUACUACAAGCAGAUGCUGCAGGCGCCAACCCUCACGGAAGGUUUUCAUGGCUUAAUGUAUGAUAACAAAACUGAAUCUAUGAGGACAAUUAACCUCCUUCAACGAAUGAAUAUAUACCAGGAGGUUUUUCUCAGUAUUUUAUAUAGAGUUCUACCCAUACAGAAAUAUUUGGAGCCAGUUUAUUUUUAUAUUUACACCUUGUUUGGACUCCAAGCCAUCUAUGUCACAGCCCUUUACACAACCAGCUGGCUCCUUAGUGGCACGUGGCUGUCAGGACUCUUAGCAGCUGUCUGGUAUGUCACUAACAGAACAGACACGACGAGAGUGGAGUUCACUGUGCCGCUGAGGGAGAACUGGGCACUGCCAUUCUUUGCGAUCCAGGUGGCUGCGGUGACAUAUUUCCUGAGACCAAACUUACGGCCUCGUUCUGAAAGGCUGACACUUCUUGCCAUUUUCGUAUCAACCUUCCUCUUCAGUCUGGCGUGGCAGUUUAAUCAGUUUGUGAUGCUGGUGCAGGCGCUGGUGCUGUUCUCACUGGACUCCCUGGACAUGCUGCCCGCCUCGAAGGCGGCCUGGCUGUACGGGAUGCAGGUGGCCGGCUUGCUCCUGGUCUGCGCACUGCAGUUUUUUAACUCCAUGAUUCUUGGAUCACUGCUCAUCAGUUUCAACCUUGCAGUGUUAAUUGCGAGGAAACUGCAGAAAAACCUGAAAACUGGAAACUUCCUUAACAGGCUCGGGAAGCUAUUGUUACAUGUAUUUGUGGUUUUAUGUUUGACACUUUUUCUCAACAACAUUAUUAAGAAAAUUCUCAACCUGAAGUCCGACGAGCACAUAUUCAAAUUUCUGAAGGCAAAGUUUGGGUUCGGGGCCACAAGAGAUUUCGAUGCAAACCUGUAUCUGUGUGAAGAAGCGUUUGGCCUCCUGCCUCUGAACACGUUGGAAAGGCUUGCGGACACGCUGCUUUUCUACGUCUACGUGUUCGUUCUGUGCGUCACGGCGGCUGCAGCGCUGGCUGUCACCUUCCACAACCUCAGUGAUCCCAUAGGCCGGUCUGUGGGUAACGUGGCGAGGCGCACACUCAGCCUGAAGCCAGAAACAGCCUACAACCUGGUGCACACCAUUCUGUUCGGGUUCUUGGCAUUGAGCACAAUGAGGAUGAAGUACCUGUGGACGUCACACAUGUGCGUGUUCGCCUCUUCCGGCGUGUGCAGCGCUGAACUGUGGGAGGUGCUUCUGAAGCUGAUCCAUCUUUACAACCCAAAGAGGAUCUGGGUGCUGCGGUAUUCCGUGCCCGUGUUGGUGCUGCUCUACCUGUGCUGCAAGUUCUGGCCAGAAAUGAUGGAUGAGCUUUCGGAGUUGAGAGAAUUCUAUGACCCAGACACAGUGGAGCUGAUGAGCUGGAUUAACUCGCACACGCCGGGGAAGGCCGUGUUUGCUGGGAGCAUGCAGCUGCUGGCUGGGGUCAAGCUGUGCACGGGGCGGGCCCUCACCAACCACCCGCACUAUGAAGACAGCGGCCUGCGGGAGCGGACUCGAGCGGUGUACCAGAUCUACGCGAAGCGGCCCCCGGAGGAGGUGCACACGCUCCUGCGGGCGCUGGGCGCCGACUACGUCAUCCUGGAAGACAGCAUCUGCUACGAGCGCCGGCACCCCCGGGGCUGCCGGCUGCGCGACCUGCUGGACGUGGCCAACGGGCACGUAAUGGACGGCCCAGGAGAGAACGACCCGGAUCUGAAGCCCGCAGACCACCCUCGCUUCUGCGAGGAGAUACGGAGAGACCUGCCCCCCUACAGGGCGUUCUUCACUAGAGUGUUCCAGAACAAGACGUUCCAUGUUUACAGGCUCUCCAGGAACAAGUGAAGCUCCCUGUGCUCCCCUGGUUACAUGAAACCCCAUCGCGGCAAAACUCAGUAGAUAACGUUUCGUGUGUGAUUAGGCAGCUCGUACCUUAAAGCUGUGAUCUGAGGAAGAUCUACAGAUGUUUACACAAACGUCUCCAUCUUUGAAAGUAUCUUUACCGGCUUCAGUCUUUUUCAUCGUGUCUCUGUCUUUGCCACUGAUGUUCUUUGGCCUGGAUGUUCUCCACCUCCUGAGAGCGAUCUAGAAUUUCUUUAUCAGGAGAACAGCAGGUCCCACAGGAGCCUGGCCGGCCACACAGCGUGCUGGGGACCCAGGGCCCGUGCCGGCUUGAAACACUUUUCAGUUGAUUUAAGACAGCGAUGGUUGAAUUGAGCUGAAGGGUUUCAUAAUCAAAUUACUUAAUGUUCCACCAGUGAAGACUGAUUGGUGGCUUUUUAAAAAACUCCAUAUUGUCCCGUUUCACCUAAAAAUUUUAUAAUGUUUUCCAAUUAUGCUUUUAAUAUUUCAAAAAAAAAUCAUGUUAGGUCUUGGUAUGUAACUAAAACUUCUCAUGCUCUGAGAUGUAAGGUGUAGCGCUUCGACAGUGUGUGUCAUGCGUUAAGUGUGUGUGCGUGCUCACACGUGCAUGUGUCUUUCAGUGCUGGACACGGACGUGUCGUGAGUCUAGGGGAGCGGCGUGUGGACGGGGCCCCCGCACCCGGCGCCGUCGCUGUUCACUGUCACUGCUCUAAGACCUGCUGACACUGUCUGACCUAUCCUGCAAGAAAGGUGAUUUUUCUUUAUUUCUUACUCGUUUAAAUUUACUAGGUUUGCAGAAUUUUGUAAAUUUUUUGUUUUUAGCCUUUGUAUUUUUUACAGCCUAGAACCUUGCAAGAUCUGAAUAUUUUUUAAAUACUGUAUCUUAACUACUUCACUAACACAGUAUUUUUGGCAGAAAGCGUUUACAUGCCACGUUUGACGGUGGUCUCCAAUCUCACUGUGAGGGCCCUGGUCGUGUGACCCUUUUCCUUACUGAAGGUGACCAAGUGCCUCUAAGUCCUGCUUACUUGUAAACAACGAAGGGUUACGUGUUCCUGCUCAAAAAGUCUUUGAUAAUUGCAUUUAUGAUUAAUUUCUAAUGAUGGGGACAUGUACAAGUUGCUGAUAAAAGCAUAUCAUGCAUUUCAUUAAAUCAAGAAGGCCAACGUUAGUAACUUUCUUCCCUGCUCUGCACAGUUGGAAGAGAUCUCAGUGUUUCUCCUUGCCGCUGGGUUGAAGUAAAUCACCAUAGGUGUCACGUGUUCGAAUGACUUUAGAUUCAGUUCCUACUUAUUAAGCAGCUUUCUAAAAGAAGUUUUACAUUCACGUUAAACCCAAGAGCACUCGGCUUUUAUCAGACCUUACUUAAAUAAAAAUUGACAGCAGCUGGGUUUAUCAAAUUUUGUAACUGAAACUCCUGAAUUGUAUCUUUCCUGUGUCCCUUCAUAAGGUUGGAGGCCGGUGCCGCUGGGGCUGAUACAAUAAUAAGACGUUUUAGUCGGUCCCGAGACCUUCAGGGAGCCGGUAGUGCGCUCCCGCUGUGGCUGGCAGCGUGGACGGCACGGCCUCCGGCGAGUGCCUUACUCCACGGAAACCAAGCACAUGUAAGGCACAGCGUGCCAGACCCUGUAGUUUCACCCUGAAAGCCUCUGUCACUCUGAUACAUUUCAGCUUAGUUUAAAUAUUCCUUCAUGCAUUAAUCUAAACAUUUGGGUCUGUGGAGUCUCAUACAAGAGACAUGUACUUAAAUUUUUAUGCUCAUCACCAUAUUGAUGGCAGACAGUAAUCUUUUUUCGUAGUUUAGGUGCCAUUUUUGCCAACAUAUUCAGGUUUCAGUCUUCAGUGAAAAUAUAAAGUGCCAAAAAAAUCUUGCAAGAAGAGAACCCGUACAUACUCUCUUCCAAGACACUGUGACCAUGUAGAGUAGACACUAACUCCCGGUGACCAAAGCUCAGCAAGUCCCGUCCAGUCCUUGUAGUGCUCGUCAGCAUCUCUUAUGACCCCGCGGGGCCCGUGGGAGGAGAGAGGAGAGGGACUGGGUGCCGGCGCUCCAGCGGUGACCCGCGGCCAAGCUGCCUGCCACACGGUCUCGGUGGCCGUUGUUACUUAGUAGUAACCUCCGAUCACGGCCGGCUUUGUGGAAUACCGCUUGGUGCGGCUUCAGAGUCAGAUGGCCUCUGAGCACAGCUGCUGCUCCCACCCGCCGCUCGCACGGCUCACCUGGUCCCUGACAGCCCCCACCCCGGGCGAGCGGACUGUGCCCAGCUCCGUGGGGCUCCUGGGAUCCUCACGGCCCCACCGUCCUCCGUAAGUACACGAUUCAGCAGACACCUCGGAAAUACGGGGUAAAAAGAGGGUUGCUUGUGCAAAAAUUAACUUGCCUUCCUUGAUAAAAUUUGGUAAAGGUUGAAUUGCUAAUUAAAAUUGCUUUUAAGUUAGGUGUGCUUGAGAAAAUUAUAAACUUUUAGGAAAAUAUAAAAUUCAAGAAAACUCCUGAGCUUAGAUUGCUUCACAGGUUCCUUUAAGUGCUUGUUCUGUUUGAAAAACUAGACCAACCAGGAGGUAGGAAAAUUACCCAAAUCAUCUGAUCGCUGUGGUUUUCGCAAGAGCAGAACUGUGAUCGCAGGGCGUCUGCGGAGAAGGGACCUUGGCUUCCUUCGGGCGGUCUGCGGGUGGGUGUCCGCCACGCGUGUUCACUGCGAGGGCUCCCUGCCUGACCUGCCUAAGUCUGUAGAUGACUGACCCCUGACGCUGGUCACAGUGACUGAGAGACUCUGGUCACUUUAAUUACGGACUUUUAAAAAAUAGGAAUGCAUCGACAUAAAAAUAUUCUACUUUUUAAACCUUGGAAUUAAUAGGAAGAUAUUAAAAUGUUCUCAGAUCGUGCGUCUCGGUUAAUAUGCUCACAGAUAAUUUAUACAUGACAACCUUUUGGCCUGGAAGAGUGCGCGGCUGUUCACAGAGGAAGCUUCUAGAACGAGAGUGGCUUACUCUCUUGUGGCAAUUAAUUUCUGUAUUCGAUGUCAUAAGGGUGGCAGCUACAGAGAGCUUUCAUAAUGUUGUGCUGAGCUGUAUGGAGCUUGUAUCCUAAAUAAAGCUCUUUCAGAUGACA